AUGGACUCCACAAAAGACAACGAUGGAGCAGGGAAGAACUCAGAGCUCAACAAAAAGAGUAAAAAGGAGAAGGAAAGAAAACCAACUGUCAGUACAUUUGCAAUGUUUCGCUAUGCAGAUUGGUUUGACAGGCUGUACAUGGUGCUAGGAACUUUGGCCGCUGUGGUCCAUGGAGCUGCAAUGCCGCUCAUGAUAUUGGUGUUUGGAGAAAUGACAGAUAGCUUUGCAAAUGCAGGAAGUAGUCUACCACCAAACAUUACUAAUUAUAGUGAAAUCAACAGAAGUCAGAUCUUCAACAAACUGGAGGAAGAUAUGACCAUUGAUGUCUCUAAAAUUAAUGAAGGAAUUGGAGAGAAAAUUGGAAUGUUCUUUCAGUUAAUGACGACCUUUUGCAGUGGUUUUAUAGUAGGAUUUACACAUGGCUGGAAGCUAACCCUUGUCAUUCUGGCCAUCAGCCCAGUCCUUGGACUAUCGGCCGGUAUCUGGACAAAGGUGUUGUCUUCAUUUACUGAUAAAGAACUCUUGGCAUAUGCAAAAGCUGGAGCAGUAGCUGAAGAAGUCUUAGCAGCCAUCAGAACUGUGAUUGCUUUUGGAGGACAAACCAAAGAACUUGAAAGGUACAAUAAAAAUUUAGAAGAAGCUGAACGAAUGGGGAUAAAGAAAGCUAUCACAGCCAACAUUUCCAUCGGUGUUGCUUUCAUGCUGAUCUAUGCAUCGUAUGCUCUGGCUUUCUGGUAUGGGACAUCUUUGGUACUCUCCAAUGAAUAUUCUAUUGGACAAGUGCUCACUGUCUUCUUUUCUGUACUAUUUGGAGCUAUUACUGUGGGACAGGCAACUCCAAACAUUGAAGCAUUUGCAAAUGCCAGAGGUGCAGCUUAUGAAGUCUUCAAGAUCAUUGAUAAUAAGCCAAGUAUCGACAGCUUCUCAACAAGUGGACACAGACCAGACAAUAUCAAGGGAAAUUUGGAAUUCAGAAAUAUUCAUUUCAGUUACCCAUCUCGAAAGGAAGUUAAGAUCUUGAAGGGACUCAACCUGAAGGUGCAGAGUGGACAGACAGUGGCCCUGGUUGGGAACAGUGGCUGUGGGAAGAGCACGACAGUGCAGCUGAUCCAGAGGCUCUAUGAUCCCACAGAGGGCGUGGUCAGUAUUGAUGGACAGGACAUUAGGACCAUAAACGUGAGAUAUCUGCGGGAAAUCAUUGGUGUGGUGAGUCAGGAACCCGUGUUGUUUGCCACCACAAUAGCAGAAAACAUUCGCUAUGGUCGUGAAAAUGUCACCAUGGAUGAGAUUGAGAAAGCUGUUAAGGAAGCCAAUGCCUAUGACUUCAUUAUGAAACUGCCCCAUAAAUUUGACACCCUGGUUGGAGAGAGAGGGGCCCAGCUGAGUGGUGGACAGAAGCAGAGAAUCGCCAUAGCACGUGCCCUGGUUCGCAACCCUAAGAUCCUCCUGUUGGACGAGGCCACAUCGGCCUUGGACACAGAAAGUGAAGCUGUGGUUCAGGUGGCUCUGGAUAAGGCCAGAGAAGGGCGGACCACUAUUGUGAUAGCUCAUCGCUUGUCUACAGUUCGUAAUGCUGAUGUCAUUGCUGGUUUUGAUGGUGGAGUCAUUGUGGAGAAAGGAAAUCACGAGCAGCUCAUGAGAGAGAAAGGCAUUUACCACAAACUUGUCAUGAUGCAGACAGAGGGAUAUAAAAGUGAAUUCGAAAAGGAUGUUUGUGAAUCCAGAAGUGAUUCUGAUGCCUUGGAAAUGUCCUCAAAAGAUCCAGAAUCUAGCCUACGAAGAAGAUCGACCUGCCGGAGUAUUCAAGGGCCACAAGGCCAUGACAGAAAACUUAGUUUGAAAGACACCCUGGAUGAAGAUGUUCCUCCUGUUUCCUUUUGGAGGAUUCUAAAGUUGAAUUUAACUGAAUGGCCUUAUUUAGUAGUUGGUGUAUUGUGUGCCAUUAUAAAUGGAAGUAUGCAACCAGCAUUUGCAGUUAUAUUUUCAAAGAUUAUCGCGGUUUUUGCAACAAAUGAUGAUCCUGAAAGGAAAAGACAGAAUAGUAACCUGUAUUCACUAAUGUUUCUAUUCAUUGGAAUUGUUUCUUUUAUUACAUUUUUCCUUCAGGGCUUCACAUUUGGCAAAGCUGGAGAAAUCCUCACCAGGCGGCUGCGGUACAUGGUUUUCAGAUCCAUGCUGAGACAGGAUGUGAGCUGGUUCGAUGACCCCAGAAACACCACUGGAGCACUGACUACCAGACUUGCCAAUGAUGCUGCUCAAGUGAAAGGGGCAAUGGGUUCUAGGCUUGCUUUACUUGCCCAGAAUAUAGCAAAUCUUGGGACAGGAAUUGUAAUAUCCUUAAUCUAUGGCUGGCAAUUAUCCCUUUUGCUGUUAGCAAUUGUACCCAUCAUGGCAAUAGGAGGAGUUAUUCAGAUGAAAAUGUUGUCUGGACAAGCCCUGAAAGAUAACCAGAUACUGGAAGUUUCAGGGAAGAUUGCUACUGAAGCAAUAGAAAACUUCCGAACUGUGGUUUCUUUGACUCAGGAACAUAAGUUUGAACAGAUGUAUGCACAGAGUUUGCAGGUACCAUACAGAAAUGCUCUGAAGAAAGCACACAUCUUUGGAAUCACGUUCUCCUUCACCCAGGCAAUGAUGUACUUCUCCUGUGCUGCCUGUUUCCGGUUUGGCGCCUACUUGAUAGCAUGUGAAGUGAUGGAAUUUGAAGAUGUUCUGUUGUGA